AUGUGCUGCCUCGUCAGUCCGGCCCAUUACGGCACUGAGGCUGCAACCGUUGAAAUCAUGUUCAUUGCAUUCGGUGCGGGCACCAAUGACACCAUCUAUGCACUUUCAACAGCCCAGGGCAAGGCGGGAAUAGCUGUAAUUCGCAUCUCAGGGCCAUCAUGUUUGGAUGUAUACAGAGCCUUGUGUCCCUCUAAAGCACUACCAAAGCCCAGAUAUGCUUCUGUAAGGUCGCUAUUUGACCCUCAGCACUCAGGGUCACAUCGAGGAGUAUUGGACUCUGAAGCAUUGGUUCUCUUCUUCCCUUCUCCAAAAACCGUUACCGGAGAAGACGUGCUAGAGCUGCACAUUCAUGGUGGACCGGCCACUAUCAAGGCAGUCCUAGCAGCUAUUCCACAAUGCCCCUCAAAGUCAAGGAUUCGAUACGCCGAACCGGGAGAAUUUACCAAGAGAGCUUUCUUGAACGAUCGGCUGGAUCUCGCGCGAGUAGAAUCUCUUGGCGAUAUUCUUUCUGCAGAGACGGAGCAGCAGCGGCGCGCAGCAGUCAGAGGAAAUUCGGGGGCCUUGGCUCGUACCUAUGAGAGCUGGAGAGAGGAGCUUCUCCUUGCACGAGGAGAAAUAGAGGCUCUGAUUGACUUUUCGGAGGAUCAGCAUUUUGACGAAUCGCCCACAGAUUUACUCCACAAUGUGGCAAAGUUGGUGGACAAUAUACUUCGAGGUAUUCAUCUGCACGAACAGGGCGGCCAGAGAAGCGAGCUUUUGAGGAGUGGUAUCAGGAUUGCGCUCCUAGGGCCGCCGAAUGUUGGGAAAAGUUCGCUCAUGAACUUGAUUGUCGGUCGCGAGGCUUCAAUCGUGUCCGGCGAGGCUGGUACCACCCGAGAUAUAGUGGAGGCCAGCCUUGAUAUUCGAGGCUACCUAUGUUCUUUCGCGGAUACAGCCGGAUUUAGGUCGAGCGAUCCUUUAGGACCAUCCGGCCCCGUUGGGGCCAUCGAGCUGGAGGGAAUCCGCCGGGCAAAGCAGAAAGCACAAGAAUCAGACAUUGUCGUCGUUCUGGCAUCAGUCGAGAGUGGCCCGUCGGGGCCGUUCAUCCUGUACGACCAGGAGACGCUGGACAUUGCCGCCGCCGCAGAAGCCCAGCUUAUUGUGAUAAACAAGAGAGACGUCGCCGAACCAAGGGAGUUUGCUUUGCUUGUUGACAAGUUUCGCCAAAGAUUAGGCGAGAAGGAUCCCAGGCUAGCAUCAGUUCAACUAGCCGCAGUGUCAUGCAAGGAGGCCAGCCUAACAAGCUCCUCUGCGGCGCGGAACAAGGAUCCGGGAGGAAUUCAUGCAUUAACAGAGGCACUGGUCAGCACCUUUUCGCAAAUGACAGAGAUGCCUGUCGACCUACAGGAUCUGCUUGGUGUGACAGCUCGCCAGGCACAGCUCUUGGCCAGGUGCAGGGCUCACCUGGAGGACUUUAUGGCAGAAGCGCGGCCGGAGGAGGGAGAGGAUCACCAUCCAGGAGUAGAAGCCGAUGCUGUGCUGGCGGCUGAGUUCUUGCGAUAUGCGGCAGACUGCCUGGCGCGCAUCACCGGCAAGGGGGAGGCUGGCGAUGUAGAAGAUGUUCUUGGAGUGGUGUUUGAGAAGUAA